CGGAAGUGGUGAGGCGGCUUCGGGGGCCGUUGUUCAGCCGCGGUGGCUCACCGUAGAGGCUCAGUGUCGGCGACUUAGCGGAUUUGCUUGGCGUCUCUCGUCUCGUCCCAGUGACCCUUUCUGCGUGAGGAAUCCAAAGGCCCAGAGAGGUUAAGUCACACCGCUGCUGAACUGCAGAAGCAGAAUUGACCCUCGGAGGGGACCAACUCCGAGCCCUGCGUGCCGUCCCAGCCCCCCUGAAGCUAGAGAACCAGAACACAAGCUCAGAACUUGUGGCACAAGGGCUUGAUUGCUCGGCACAUGGGAGCUUCCCAGACUGGGGAUUGAACCCGUGUCUCCUACACUGGCAGGCGGAUUCUUUACCACUGAGCCACCAGGGAAGCCCUGCAAGGAACAGCUCAAGAUGGCUGAAUUUCUAAAUGACCAGGACACUCGACUGUGUGACAAUUGCAAAAAAGAAAUUCCUGUGUUUAACUUUACCAUCCAUGAGAUCCACUGUCAAAGGAACAUUGGUGUGUGUCCUGUCUGCAAGGAACCAUUUCCCAAAUCUGACAUGGAGACGCACAUGGCUACAGAACAUUGUCAGGUGACCUGCAAGUGUAACAAGAAGUUGGAGAAAAGGCAGCUAAAGAAGCACGAGGAGACUGAGUGUCCUCUACGGCUUGCCCUUUGCCAGCACUGUGAUCUGGAACUUUCUGUUCUCAAACUGAAGGACCAUGAAGAUUACUGUGGUGCCCGGACGGAGUUAUGUGGCACCUGUGGGCGCAAUGUCCUGGUGAAAGAUCUGAAGACUCACCCUGAAGUGUGUGGGAGAGAUGUGGAGGAGAAGAGAGUCGAGGCUGCCAUGCCACCUAAUGCGUAUGAUGAAUCUUGGGGUCCAGAUGGGAUCUGGAUUGCGUCCCAGCUCAGACAGAUUGAGGCUCUGGACUCACCCAUGAGGCUCCCUCGAAGGCCCCUGAGAGCCUUUGAAUCAGACCUUUUCCAAAGUAGAACCACCAACCAAAGGAGCAUGACAGCCCAGUUUCCAAUUCAGAAUAAUCUAUUGGAAGAACAAGAAAGGCAGGAAAGGAAUAGAAGCCGGCAGACCCCCAAAGAACGUGGUGAAGACAGUGCAAAUUUGGACUUCAUGUUGGCCCUCAGUCUGCAGAAUGAAGGCCAGGCCCCCACCUUGGCAGAGCAGGACCUCUGGAGGGUCAUAUAUGAGGCAGACCAGUCCCGUGAAGGUCCCAGCACGCUGAAUGACAUCAGGGGUGCAGUUGACGAGACCAUGUUGCCUUGUGAAUUUUGUGAGGAGCUCUACCCAGAGGGACUGCUGAUUGACCAUCAGACAAGCUGUAACCCUUCAUGUGCCUUACCUCCGCUCAAUGUGGGCAGCAUUUCCCCCCAAGGGGUGGAGGACCCUGAUGUUAUCUUCCAGAAGCUGAUGCGACAGUCUGCAAGUGACCAGUUUGAGUCUUUGAUGGGCUUCAGCAGCUCUCCUCCCGUGGAGGAAAGCGUUGUCAUCCCGUGUGAAUUCUGUGGGGUCCAGCUGGAAGAGGAGGUGCUGUUCCAUCACCAGGACCAGUGUGACCAACGCCCAGCCACAGCAAACAACCACGUGUCGGAGGGAAUCCCUAGCCAGGAUCUCCAGCCUCGAGAGACCUCAUCAGAACUGCCCAAGAGGCGUGUCCGACACCAGGGAGACUUGUCUUCUGGUUACAUGGAUGAUCUCAAGCAGGAAACGGCUAAAGGGCCUGCCUACCCUAUCCCCUCUAGCCGACCCCCUAACAAUACGACAGUUCCUCCUAACCGCCUGUCAACGUCCACAUCAGGCCCCAGGCCUGGGUGCCAGCCGAGCCCUCCUCGCGCUCUGAAGCUCAACAACUUAGACAGCCAGGGUGUCCGGGGGCGCAGUCGAAACAGCCAUAACGGGGCUCUGGCUCCUGGCCACGUCCCAGUGGCUUACCCUGCUCGGAGUCUCUACCCAGAAAACCUUGUGCCCUCUUUCCCCCGUGGGCCUUCAGGGAGAUACGGAGCAAGCGGUAGGAGUGAAGGUGGCAGGAACCCCCGGGUCACCCCCACAGCUGCCAGCUACCGCAGCAGAACUGCAAAGGCAAAAACCCCCAAGCAGCAGGGAGCUGGGGAUGCGGAGGAGGAAGAAGAGGAGGAGUAACAAGUGUCCACAGAGAGCUCGCGCGCUGGCUCCAUCUUCUCCGCACGACUUGUCACGGUGCAGCCCUGCCCCUUGGGCUCUGUGGGCAGGGGCGACCUUUCAGAUUUUAACAUUUUCUAGGUUAUGGCCAUUUUGUGUCUUUUGAGAUUGUGCUGUGGGAGUUUGGGGGUUUGAGGGAGGGUUGGCAGGGAGGCUGUUGAGAAUGUUUCAGCUUUAGCUGCUGCCUUUGACAGCACAGAAAUGUACGUUAGGGCCCUUUGCCCCACCAGGGCUUCAUCUUUUGACAAACUGUCACCGUCGCUUCAUGGUGCUGUGGGGUCCUGGGGGGAAAAGAGGGAAGGUUCUGGAAAGCUGGUCCCACCAGCGAGGUGAUGCUCUUCCUGUGCUGGCCUGAUUUGGGACCUUGGGGGUAACGUCUCGUGUGUCCUGCCCAUCCCCACUCUAGAAUUUGGGCUCUGGGGUGCGUGGAGGAGCUUUGGUGAAGUGUUCAGGCCAGUUGUAGUGUGUGUUAGGAACAAGGCUUUUGGAGAUGAGUUUCAGGUGAGUGGACUACGGGCUUGUUUUAAUCUGCUUCUUUGGCAUCUGGCAUCACUGCCUUCUGUUUCUGAGGGGAGCACGGCUUCUUUGUCUUCACUGCCUUCUGAUGGAGAAGGCCAGGGGCUCCCUGUGCCCUCCAGAGCCAUGCUGGGUUCUGCCUUAAUCAGGACUGAAGCCUAAACUCGUGGUUGGCUCUGAAAACCAAGAAUCAGAGCCCCCUCCCCUUUUUAUUUUACUAUUACUGUUAUUAUUAACAUCCUUGUAAUAGAAAUAAACUUUGUACUUGGAGUUCAGCUGAGUCAUGUGGUUCCUUCUGCUCCGCACUCUUUGGAGUGCAGGCGGACCAGGGCGCCUGGAGUCAGCUCUGCGGAACGAGGGAAGGUGCGCCUUCUCAGAGAGGGCCAGUCGAGAUGUGGCUUUUCUGCCUCCUCAGAGUUAGUUAGGGGAAACUGACAGGUGGCUGCAGCUCUGGGGUGAUUGGGGAGGGCUGGGGGCCACCCCCAAACAAAGGGGAGGGCAGGUUCCUCAAAAGCCUCAAUCCCGAGACUUGCUGAGCCUUAGCAAAAUUACCCAUCACCCCCUGGCACCUCCUACUGUGCACCAGAACAUCUAGCACUGUAGGUCAUCUUGACCUCUUGUUUUCCUCUCAACAACCUAGUAGGAGUGGGAAAAGUAGGAAGAAUUGCUCCAAUUUCACAUGUGGAAAC